UCACAGUACGCGCAUCACACCACCUCUGAUUAAACUCCAAAGAUUAAUAUCUUCAUAAACAAUGGACGAUUCUCCAUUGCAAAAGGUAGAGCUGCAAACAGAUGUAUACAUGGUAUGUUUACAACAUGCUUUAUCCACAGAGAACUUUGAAGUAAUGGGAUUACUUAUCGGUAAUUUUGAGUGUGGAGUAGCAAAAAUAUCAGCUGUUAUUAUUUUGCGACGUCUAGAUAAGAAGAAAGACAGAGUAGAGAUAUCGUCAGAGCAAUUACUGAAAGCUGCUACUGAAGCUGAACGAUUAACUGUAGAAUUAAAUCGACCUAUGCGCGUCCUUGGAUGGUAUCAUUCACAUCCGCAUAUUACAGUUUGUCCAUCACAUGUUGAUGUCAGAACUCAAGCUACUUAUCAAACAAUGGAUCACAGUUUUGUAGGCUUAAUAUUCUCGGUAUUUUCAGAGGGCAAAGAAUCAAAAGAACACGAAAUCUUCUUAAAUUGUUUUCAAUCAGACAAUGGUGAAGCUACAGAGAUACCAUUAGAAAUAGUACAUACUCCAGAGAUUUCAAACAGAUGUUUAAGAACAAUGACAGACUUAUCAAAAAUUUUGGUACAAGAAGAAGAAGAUAUGGCUGAAGCCUGUAAAGAUCAUCCAGAUGUCCUUGCCAGUAUUCAUAAUGAUGCUGUCAGGACACGUGCGUUGGUUCAUAUAACAGAUAUCAUUACAAAGCCUUUGGUACAAACGUUUGAAAAAAGAAUAGCGUUAAAUAAAUUGCGAACUACACAUCUCCGAAGACAAUUACAAGAAUUACAAAAAAUAUGUAAUGGUUAA